GAUAUGCUGGACAGUGUCGAGAGUGACCGCACUGCACUGGACACGCUGUUUUCUCGGACAUCCGAUCACCCAAAGUACCUUAUGGCGUCCAUAGCAGCCAUUGAGGACGAUAUGCCCGUGGAGGCACCCCUGCCAUCAUUCGAUAGGAUAUUUACUGCACAGGAGGACGCGAAGGGCAAGAUGGCAGCGCAUCUCGAGAGCCUUGCUGCACACUACGACCAAAUGGCUGCUAUAAUGCAAGAGCAUGAGGCGGGCGAGGAGUUCAGCGAAGAUGACAUACGGGAUAUGAACAGAGAUACGGAAGAGCUGCCUGCUAUCCUUUCCGAGUUGGAGCAGAACAUGAAGGCCAUGGAGGAAACUCAGUACGCCACACUGCGACGUACCAUAGAUGACCUAGACGAGCUUGGUGGUAUCAUGUCAGACAUGCUCGAGCAGCAAGAAACAGUCGAGACCGAGAGCACAGAACAUCUCAGCUUGCUGCACGAGCACCUGGUCACGAUCGAGGACCUCCACCACCGCUACACGUCCUACGAGUACUCCUACAACAUGCUCCUCCUCGAGCUCGCGCGUCGUCACCGGUACCGCGAGGAUGCAGAGCGGCUGAUCAUGAGCGUGAUCUCUCAGCUCAAUACCAUGGCUGAAGAGGAGAUUCAGCUGCGCGAGGAGUUCAAGGCAGAGCAUGGCCAAUACCUUCCGGACGACGUAUGUCUGUACGUGCAGAACGCACCGACCCACUGGACGGUCAUCCCGCGGGAUGACGAGGAGGUCGAGGUCCUGCCUGAGAUGGAGGGCGAUCUGCUCGACAAGGCCAGGUCGAGAUUACAGAGAGUGGAAGGCGGUGGUCUCGUCGGUAGUCAGUCACUCUAGUACGGAGUGCACUUCUUCCCGCAUGUCGACACGAGCCGCUGUGUGCAUGUGCAUGGAGACCUGAAACUAGCUGAGACCUGAAGCAAGUGCCUGCCGGUAACCGUAUUCAGUAAAGGAGAGCGCUCCUUCGAUCCAAAACUUCUAGCCAAUAGGCAGCAAAAUGAGUCGGCCCAGGUUCGAACUGAGGACCUUCUGUGAACGCGAUGUUAGACAGAUGCGAUAACCAACUACGCCACCGACCCCUGCAUGCGUGUUCCCCGUGUCAUUCCAGGCUCCGGCGCCACCUGCAUCCACUGAAGAGAACGUCACCGGG